AUGCCUCAAGGGGGGAGACGGGGCCCCCGGAAAUCUGCUGUUUGUCUGCCAGCAGCAGCAGCAGGGCAGCUCGAAGCAGCAGCAGCAGCAGACACAGGGCAGAACUCUUCUGCUGCUGAUCGGCAGCAAUUCGCAGCAGCAGCAGCAGCAGCAGCAGCAAAAGGGCAGCUGCAGCGGGGCCACCGCUCGCGGCGGCUUUGCCGCGCGGAGGUGCCGAGGUCCCCAGCAGCAGCAGCAGCAGCAGCGUCAGCAGCAGCAGCAGCAGCAGCAGCAGCAGCAACGGCCGCAGCAGCACACAGAGACGCAGCAGCGGAAGCAGCAGCAGCAGCAGCAAGGGCAGCUGCCGAGGAGUCGCCCGUGGGGUCUGUUGACGAUGAUGAGGCGAUGGCAGCAGCAGCAGCAGCAGCUGCUGCUGCAGCAGCAGCAGCAGCAGCAAGCGACGCUUCCGCAGCAGCAUCUGCAGAGAGCGGAGCAGCAAUAACAGCAGCAGAUGCAGCAGCAGCAGCAGCUUCGCAGAGCCAAACCAGGAGGCAGCUGCGGCGAAACUACAUGUCUGCUGCUGCUGCUGCUGCUGCUGCUUUUCCCCGAACCCAAGUGCCGCAUCACUGCAGGGAACCAGCAGCAGCAGCAGGAUGUGCAGCAGCAGCAGCAGCAGCAGCACGGCCUUCUGCAGCAGAAAUUGCCGAGAUCCUCGCGCUGCUGGCAGCAGACGAACGGCAGCAGCAGGCAGCAGCAGCAGCAGCAGCAGCAGCAGCGUCAGGUGCCGCAGCAGCAGGGAGACCGGGACCCAGGUCCCGCACUAGAGCUGCGAGGAAAGCUGCUGCUGCUGCUGCUGCUGCUGCUGCCGCUGCUGCUGCUAUUGAAGACAGGGCAGCAGCAGCAAGAGAGAAAGAAGAAGCAGCAGCAGCAGCAGCAGCAGCAAAGGAAUCUGCAGCACGAGCGAAAGCAAUGAAGCUGGUGGCUGAAGGCAGGGAACUUGCUGCUGCAGCAGAUGCAGCAGAUGCAGCAGCAGCAGCAGCAGAUGCAGCAGAUGCAGCAGCAGCAACAGCAGCGAAGGCAACGCCAGCAGCAGAAACAACUGGAGUCGACGCAGCAGCAGCAGCAGCAGCACUGGCAGCAGCAGCAGCAGCAGCAGCAAAAGAAGACUGCGAGAAGAUGGCUACAGGGUCAGAAACAACAGCAACGCCAGCAGACACAGCAGCAGCAGCAGUAACGGAGGCAGCAGAAGCAGACGCAGCAGCAGCAGCAGCAACAGCAGCAGCAGCAGCAGCAGCAGCAACACCCUUGCUGGUCUUUUUCGCCACACAAACGGGGAAUGCUGCAGCAGCAGCAGCAGAUAUAUGGAGAGAGCUGCAGCGAGUGCUGCCGCUGCAGCAGCAGCCGCUGCUGCUGCCUCUGGCCGACGGCUGGCCGUUGCUUCUGCAGCAGCAGCAGCAGCAGCAGCUGCAGCAGCAGCAGCAGCAGCAGCAGCAGCGGAAAAUGGACAAAGUUGUCGCUAUCAUUGUUAUCUCCACAACAGGCUACGGCGAAAUCCCCGACUCAGCGAAGUCUUUGUGGCGCAAUUUGCUGCAGCAGCAGCUGCCCCCAGACUACCUCUCGUGGCUGCAGUUCGUCCAAACCCUAAACCCCAAACCCUAA